AUGAAGGAGGAUAAAGAUGUACAUAAUAUGUACGUAGCUGCUCGACUGAAUGAUCACAGCAAUCAUAGUAGUGCUACUAACGGUACGAGUGCUGAUCUGGAAGGUAAAGACAUAGAUGUGGAAGCACAGUCCACAAAACCACGCAUUGGUGACAGUACUAACAGCAUCAAUCCAAGGGAUCAGACUGCCCUGGUAUCCGAUACCAGUACAGAAACAACGAUAAUACAAGUGAAUUUUCAGCUAGAGAGAGCAGGUGCAGUUCAGCUAGAGAGUCUCCCUGGCGCCUAUGCUGUUGCUCCCACCCAUACCCCAGCAGAGGUGGAUACCUCUUGUGAUCCUAUAAUACAGGAAACACCAGACAGCAGCAAUUCAGUAGUCCAGGACGAGGAUUCCACUGCUACUGAUUUUCAUAAUCAUGAUCAUGGUUUGACGGUGGCAAAUUUUGUUCCAGAAGACACACUGCAGUCCACAGCUAACCUGCCCAAAGCACAAGAUUUUGAUGCUGGCGAAUUGGCCAGGAAGAGAGCCAGGAGGGCCAAGCGGUUCCAAAGCAAGGCAAUUUCUCUAGGCUGUCUUGUUUUGAUUGGGGUUACCGUCAUUCUGGUAGUAGUGGUGGUUUUGACCCGCAACAAUGAAGCAACCUUACCCUCAGAUGACUUGGAAGCCAAUAAACUGGAACCUGCCACCGAGAUACCUUCCCCCCCGCCCACUACACUGCACCACAACAUCCUUGCCUUGCUCCCACAAGACACUGCCAAGUCCAUCGAGGAAGAUCCGGAAUCUCCCCAAGCACAAGCCUUUCAAUGGUUAUUGGAUGAUAUCGAACAAGAAUAUCUCUAUUCUUCAUAG